GGAGACGAGCCUGGUGCGUGUCCCAGGCUGCUCCGCGGCCACGCAUGCUUCCUAACCCGCUUCCUACUCCGCUCCUGCCGGGAUCAGGGCGGCCGGGGCGGCUUUCCCUGAUGGGGUGAGGGGGCGGAUGGCGGCGGCCGCGCUCCAGAAUGGAACAAACAGUGUUUGGUAUUUCCUGCUUUGGUCUGGUCAGACUGGAUUCAGAAAGCACAGAGGCUCAACACUGAGGCAGAGACCACAUUUGCUACUGGAAUAAGGCAUCUGCAGUGGAAAAAAAUUUGUCCUCCUAGUCGCAGGCUAAGUUUGAUUUUGAAUGCUGAUGUGCUUUUUAGAGUGACAAAACGAAGGACAAUGCGCAGUGUGUAUCCUGAUAACAUUUGGUGUGCUGUGACAUGGCUUUUGUCAUGGCAUCUGAGACUGAAAAGGCCCAUGCUCUUCUCCAGACUUUCAGCACCGCUUCAGUUAUUUCCAGUCUAGGUUUGGGGAUAUUCUGCUUUGUAGCAGACAGACUUUUGCAGUUUUCCUUCAUUCAGCAAAAUGACUGGCUCCGAGCCUUCUCCGAUAAUGCAGUGCAUGGUAUACUGGGAAUGUGGUCAUGGGCCAUAGUGAUUGGACUCAGGAAGAAAAGUGACUUCACUGAGGUCACUCUGGCUGGCUUCCUCGCCUCUGUCAUUGACGUGGACCACUUCUUUCUUGCUGGAUCCCUCUCUUUAAAGGCUGCUCUGACUCUUCCACGGAGGCCACUUCUUCAUUGUUCUACCGUGAUUCCUGUUGUGGCUCUGACAUUAAAGUUUAUUAUGCAACUUUUCAGGCUUAAGGACUCCUGGUGCUUUCUUCCCUGGAUGUUGUUCAUAUCCUGGACUUCUCAUCAUGUCCGUGACGGGAUUCGUCAUGGCCUCUGGAUCUGCCCAUUUGGAAAAACUCCGCCUUUGCCAUAUUGGCUGUAUGUGGCAAUUACAGCAUCUUUACCUCAUCUAUGUUCAUUCAUCAUGUAUUUAACAGGCACUAGAGAAUUAAUGUCUAUAAAACAUGGAAUCCACAUUGAUGUGUAAGAAUGAUGGCUUUUAAAGGCUGUUUGUAUUAUCUCUUGAAAUAACCUGGCUUUAUAUCACUGAAGGGGUUUCUUCUGUUUCCUGCACCUUCGAAGGUGGUACACCUUUCCUACACCUUAACCAUUUAAGGUUGUUGAGCCAGUUACAGCUGUGUCAAUUCCUUGUCACAGAACCUAUUUAAUGAAUGGUGAUAGUUUUAUAUCUGUACAUUUCCCUUGCAAAGCAUGUGAUCUCCCAUGAUAGCUCAUCUAUAGCUAGAUAAAGUUCUUAGUCUCUCUCUGUAGUAAAUUGCACUACUGUCAUGCAUUUUACUGUCAUGGCGCCACUCUUCUGAUCAUCGUUCACUUUGGAUUUGUAUUUUGCCUUUAGACAAUACAUUUCAAUCUAGAUAGUAUUUGUAUAGCGCUUUAAAAAUGUGAAGUACUAUAUAAAUGCUAAGUAUUACUGGGGAUUUAAUAGUGUAUGGCAGUUGUAAAAAAUAUGUUAGCCUUUAGAAUUUAUUUAGUUGUUAAGAGUCCUGCUGAACUCUUAUAUUGGACUGUUUUGAAAGAAACAAUCUGUAUUUCACACUGUGCAGCUGUCUAUGCACCUCUUUGAACCCUGCUAUCAUGUAGUGUUUUAGUAAAUUCUAUUCCCCUGUAGCUGCUUGGUACUAAAUUUGCAGAUAAUUACUAGCUUUGUGUUUAGAGAAGAGAAGGCAGUUUGGUUAUAGUAUUAUGAUGUGCUGACCAAAUUGUUUUUAAUUUUUAAAAAUACACUAAUUAUGAAUGCUAUUUAAUUUGAAACUAAGGACUUUUAGUAAAUAUUUAAGGGUUGUGUGAAGGCAAACAUUUAUUACAGUAAAACAUAAGCUUUAAGGAAGAUAGAAGAAAAUAAAAAUUGCUCAAAAUGUUAAUUUGCUUAAAGACAUUACUACUCUACUUGUAAAUGGCAUUUUCCAGUAAGUGCAAUAUCAUCCUCAUAGUUGUAAAAUAAAAUGCAUUAUUAUUAUUAUUAUA